AUGACUAAACGACUCAAUUUGCCAUAUACUACCCAGGACCUCUUCCCUCAAUCCACUCCAUCUACAAAGCAUGGAUCAGUUCGAGCUGGGUCAAUUGCGUCAACUCCGUCGUCACUAUAUAUCCCUCGUCCUACAUUCCAUCACAACUCCACGUCAUUCAAAUUCAAAAACAAGUUCAAAAAUGUCAGGAAAAUGGUUAAAAGACUAUUCAAACCUAGUACAUUGGAUUUCGAAACGGCGAUAUGGGAGAUUUUUCAUUUAAUCAUUAAUCCGAAAAAGAUGUAUCGAUCGCAUUACUAUUACCGACAACAGCAACAACAACCGGACGGGAAAACAUCGUAUACGAGAGAUGAUCCAUCGUUUUUGAUAUUGGUCACUGGUUUCCUUUCCGUGAGUGCAAUCGCAUGGGGAUUGGCAUACUCGCCUUCGGUGUGGGAUAUUUUCAAGUUGAUUUUAUACAUGGUGGUGGUUGACUUUUACCUCACUGGGAUCGUCAUUGCUACAGUGACAUGGUUGGCGACUAAUAAAUUGUUCAACUUGGAAGUGGGGUUGAACAAGUAUAGUGCAAACUAUAUCGAAUGGGGUUUUUGUUUUGACAUUCAUUGCAAUUCGUUUUUGGUUAUUUGGUGUUUACUAUAUGUCGUCCAAUUUAUCUUAUUACCAAUUAUAAGAAUGAAGAAAUCAAUCAUUGCAUUGGUUUUGGGGAACUCACUAUAUUUUGGAAGUAUCGGUUACUACUUUGUCGUGACAUUUUAUGGGUUCAAUUCAUUGCCAUUCAUUUCAUCAAAUGUUGUCAAGCUGAAUGAUCGAAACCCAGCAAGAGUUUUACAAUUGAUUGUUGUAGCUGGUAUUUUGCCCCUUUUGGCCAUCGCGUGGCUUGUGACUCUCCUACUCAGAUUCAAUGUGGCUGCCAAGUUGGUUGAUUCCUACUUCAACUAA